ACUAAGCUAAACUCCUGAAACGGAUCGAAGAGUUCUUAUAUUUCUUAUUAUAUUUCUUAUAUAUCAGGUGGUUUAUUAUAUAAGAAAUUAUUGCAUUUAUUAUAUAUUAGGUGGUUCGCAAUAUAUCGAAUGCCCAGCAGUGAAAAGUUACGGUCACGACACGACCAUAAAGGCCGUGCGCAGCGGCCAAAAGACCGCCGCGUCCCUGCGCAGGGAAAAAAAACAAAGAAAAGGUACUGCGUUCUCGCCACGACAGCAGGGGGAAAAGCAGGGAAAAGCGGCUCGGGGGAGCCGAGGGGCUGGAGGACUGGGAGAGAGGCGGGGGAGGGGGGCAGGGCCGGAGGCGGGCACAGGCGCGGGGAAAGGAGCGGGGCCCCGGGGCGGAGCCUGGGGCGGCCCAAGGGGCGGAGGCGCAGCCCUGCCCCCUCCGCCGGGCCCGCCCCUGCUCCCAACCAGGUCGGACCCAACCAUAUAAAGGCGCUGAGCGAGCGGCGUCGGCUCAGAGCAGCGGAAUUGCAUCAGUGCUGUUUCUGUAGCCAUGUCUGGUCGGGGUAAAGGCGGUAAGGGGCUCGGCAAGGGCGGCGCCAAGCGCCACCGCAAGGUGCUGCGCGACAACAUCCAGGGCAUCACCAAGCCGGCCAUCCGCCGCCUGGCUCGGCGCGGCGGCGUUAAGCGCAUCUCGGGGCUGAUCUACGAGGAAACUCGCGGUGUGCUGAAGGUGUUCCUGGAGAACGUGAUCCGCGACGCUGUCACCUACACGGAGCACGCCAAGAGGAAGACUGUUACAGCCAUGGACGUAGUCUACGCCCUUAAGCGCCAGGGUCGCACUCUCUACGGCUUCGGCGGCUAAAGCGUCUCCUUCCUGCCGCACUACUGCCACAAAACCACAAAGGCUCUUUUAAGAGCCACCCACCUAUUCCUUUAAAAGAGCUGUCUCGCUUUAUGUUUAUAUAUCGUUUAUUGCU